GAGUUCUGAAGCUUCGAGUAGGCCUACUCAACCUUUUUUCGAUACAAUUGGAUUGAAAGCUUCAGUUCGACAUCACUAGCUACAAAAUAUGUCCGUUGCCAACGGUCGCUUCAUGUUUUUCGCUUUUGGAAGUACCGGUAACUUAUGUCUUCUGUCUAGUCUUGCUGUCUUCUGUCCAGUCUUGCUGUCUCUUCCGACGGGAAACCACGGAUAUCAAAGUAUGUCCGUUGCCAACGGUCGCUUCAUGUAUUUCGCUUUUGGAAGUAACUUGUUAAAGGAAAGACUGCAACUGGCAAAUCCCUCUGCGACAUUUUUCACUACCGGCCGACUAAAGGAUUAUGAGUUGAACUUUGGCCUGUGGGAGAAACAUGUAGACAACAGUUGGCAUGGUGGAGUGGCCACCAUUAAAUCCUGUCCAGGGGCAGAAGUGUGGGGGGUAAUCUGGAUUAUGAGCAACGAAAACCUCCCGAGCCUAGACAACCAGGAAGGCGUGAGUCAGGGAAAGUACUCUCCACUGGAGGUUUCAGUGGAGACUGAAAAUGGACUCAUGCUCUGCAGGUCUUAUCAGAUGAACAAUUUCCACGCCUGCCCUCCCUCUCCUCAGUACAAACAGGUGGUGUGUCUGGGUGCAGAGCAGAAUGGACUUCCAGGGGAUUACCUGAAGAGGCUGAAGGCCAUUCAAACCAACAACUACACUGGUCCCUCAAUCCUUGAUCAAAUCCAAACGGUCAAGUAGAGAUUGAAAAUUCACAUUCUUUACUCUUUGAAAACACCAGUUGACAAAAACAACCUCACCAUAAGGUCCAUUUAGUAGCCAUUCUGAGAAUGAGCAGAAUAGUAACAAUAAAAUACAGUGUAGCUAUUAAGCUCUCAUUCUCUUUUCAGCAGUUGCAGGAGCAUUAGACCGCAUUGUAUUCUCCAUUAUAACCAUAAUCAUGCAAGUAAUAGUUGUAGAAUUAAAUUAUAAAAAUGUUAAUAUGUAAUGGUACUGAAAACAGAUCUGGUUAACAGACGGUGGGAAAAGCUAUAACUGGACCUUACAUUUUCUUUUUUUUAAAGAAACAUCUAUUUCUAAGGUUAAAACUGAAUCUGCUACCCUGUGAGGCCAGAAGUUUGUAAUGCAUGGCCAUAAUGAGACAUGUGGCUGUGCCACAACACAUACCUCAUCUUUUAUUUCGAGCCAUCACAAUUGAAGACUCAAAAUGUAUGCGACAGGCAGAAUAUCCUUACAUUUUACUAGUUUUCAGGGGAAUAAUAAUAAACUGGUGAAACACACUCAAGA